UGCAUUACUUUUCCAAAGAGUUUUUUCCACAACGCUCUACUCUUCCUGUCCAGGCAUAGCCAGAAUCCAUCCCAGCAACGCCAGCUUAAUCGUGUUGACGGCCCAGAGUCCGCGAUUAAAACGAGAGCGAAGCUAAAAUCCAGCGGAAACAACGCCCACUUGCUACACAGCGAACUCCAAAAUCCGAAAAUCCGGCGAACCGAACCGAAGAAACUACGCGUGUGGUUGGAUUUGGACGAGCGAACACUGCACAUUCCGAGCGCAUUUAGCCACCCACGAUGGCCGAGACAUACACGUUUGGCACCUCGCUGGCCUCCAUCACCUGCCACGCAUGGAACAAGGAUCGAACCCAGAUUGCCUUAUCGCCCAACAACCAUGAGAUCCACAUAUACAGCCGGGAGGGCAGCGACUGGAAGCUGGCGGACGUGCUCAACCAGCACGAUCUGCGCGUCAUGGGCAUCGACUGGGCCAAGAACACCAAUCGGAUUGUGAGCUGUGCCGCCGACCGUAAUGCCUAUGUGUGGACGCAGGGCGACGAUGGCAAGUGGAAGCCGGCGCUGGUGCUGCUUCGCAUCAAUCGGGCGGCCACCUGCGUCAAGUGGUCGCCGGCGGAGAACAAGUUCGCUGUGGGUUCGGGCGCACGACUCAUAUCCGUGUGCUAUUUCGAGUCGGAGAACGACUGGUGGGUGUCGAAGCACAUCAAGAAGCCGAUCCGCUCUACGGUCACCUCGCUGGACUGGCAUCCGAACAACGUUCUGCUGCUGGCCGGCUCCACGGACUACAAGGUGCGCGUUUUCUCGGCCUUCAUCAAGGACAUCGAGGAGCCACCGACGCCGACGCCGUGGGGCAAUCGCAAGCCCCUUGGCCAGCUAAUGGCCGAGUUCCGCAACUCGCAAACCUCGGGUGGCGGCUGGAUCAACAGCGUGAGCUUCUCCAGCGACGGUAACAAGGUCUGCUGGGUGGGCCACGACAGCUGCGUCAGCAUCGCGGACGCUACCAAUGGCAAUACGGUCAUUCGCUGCCGCACCGGCUAUCUGCCCUUCCUGUCAUGCGAAUGGGUCUCGCCCACGUCCGUCGUGGUGGCCGGCUAUAGCUGUGUGCCACUGCUCUACAGUCUGACUGCCGACGGCAAGCUGGUGCUGAGCGGCAAACUCGAUAAGUCGCAGAAGAAGGAGUCGAGCGGCAUCACUGCCAUGAGAAUCUUCCAGUCGAUGGACCGCAACAUGCGCACGGAGAACACGGACACGGUGGUCGAUUCCAUACACCAGAACGCCAUCACCAGCGUGCGCCUGUAUGCCGGCGACAAGGCGAGCGCCAGCAAGGUGUCAACCUCGGGCGUCGACGGGCAGCUGGUCAUUUGGAAUGUGGAGCAGGGCGGCAUCAAUGGCGGCAUGCGCAACCUGCAGAUCUAGUGCGGCCCGGAACGGACCAGCGUUACGUGUUAUUGUCUGUUAGCGAGUGUGUUGGCCUGGCCAGGAGCGCAGUAUUUGCCAAAAUGUUUUCCAAAAUCGCUUUUCCCAUUGUUCUGUACCGUGCGAAAGCCUUUUUACAUAAAUUAACCGAAGAGAUUGUUCUUUUCCCUCAUACCCCCAACUUCCAUAAUGGUUCCGAAAGUCUGUAUGUGUGUUUUAAAGUGUUUCACCUUUAUAGCAAACUGAAUAAAAUGUUUUUUAUUCGUAAAAU